AUGUAUGCCCAAGCCAUCUACCUCGCCACCCUGGCUGGUCUCACCGCCAAGAACCGUGUAACCAUCAACGGCUUCUUCGUGGGCAAGGACAGCGCUCAAUCGGGCGCCGCGAUCAACUUUGUCAACUUCAACCUCACUGGCCACGAUGGCAGCGUCGUUGAGUGCACCACCCAGAGCCUCAACCUCCCGUUCCCCAAGGAGAUCGACUGCAAGGACUCCAAGCACCGCUUCAGCCUGCAGGCCAGCGAGGAUGGUACCGACUUCAGCUUGAAGAUUUACCGUGAACUGAACCUGCCUACCAAUAUCACAUACUGGGGCGAGGGCAACGUGCCUACGACUUGCCAGGCCGCAAAGGCCGGCUCCACGGAGCAUGUCUGCACCCAGAAAGCGCCUGUGGAUAUUGUCGUCUGGAAUAAGAAGACUCCGCCUGCCCCCGUUGAUGCUAACUGGGGCCCGGCUGUAGGCGUUCCUAGGCGUUGA